AUGGUGGAGGUGGAGAUAGAUGGUGGCGGUGGUGGAGGUGGUGAUGGAUGGUGGUUGUUACGGCAAGAGAGAGACAAAGAGAAUGGAGACUUAUUUUGCAGUCACAAAAAGUUAAUAUUCUACAAGUUAUAUAACAGUAAAAAAAAGUUAUAUAACAGUAAAAAAGAUGGUAUCCCUUCCAGAGAGACGACUAUCAACUCUUCUAAUGGCAGGCGACCCAUUCCGUUGAUCGGAUUGGGUACAGCAACCCGAACUGAAAGCGGUGAUCAGGUGAAGGCUGCGGUUAUAGAAGCCAUUAAGGUUGGUUAUCGCCACUUUGACACUGCGUCGCUCUAUGGAACCGAGAAACCUCUUGGUGAAGCCAUCAAGGAAGCUUUGAGACUUGGUCUCAUAAAGUCGCGGGCCGAGCUUUUCAUUACCACUAAACUGUGGUGUAACUCAACCGAAGGUCACCUUGUAGUACCGGCCCUCAACCAGAGUCUUCGGGAAUUAGGACUAGAGUAUGUAGAUCUGUAUCUAAUACACUGGCCACUGAAGCUAAACCAAGAUGAUGUCAAAAGCCCAAUUACAAAAGAAAGCAUAGCCGCUAUCAAUAUCAAGGAUGUUUGGGAAGGAAUGGAGAAGUGUCAAAAUCUUGGACUCACCAAAUCUAUUGGUGUAAGCAAUUUCUAUCCUCGAAUAAUCGAAGAAAUCCUUUCCAUUGCUAAAAUCCCACCGGUUGUCAACCAGGUUGAGAUGAACCCGCUUUGGCAACAAAAGAAACUUAUCGACUUCUGCAAAAAGAAGGAUAUCCUUGUUACGGGUUAUUCCCCUUUAGGUGCAUAUAAUAUUGUGUGGGGACACAACCGCGUCAUGGAAUGUGAUGUUCUUCAAGACAUUGCCAUGUCCCGAGGGAAGACUGUUGCUCAGGUUUCUCUACGAUGGAUGUAUGAGCAAGGUGUAAGCUUUGUAGUAAAAAGUUUCAACAUCGAGUGGAUGAAGCAAAACUUAGACAUAUUUGACUGGUCACUGACCGAAGAAGAGGUGAUUAAAAUAAGUUGCAUUCCUCAACAGAAACAUCUUUAUUUAAGUGGUACGAUGCUGAAGGAGCCUCACGAUGUACUUUCCGAGAUUGAUGCAGGUCUUUCGUACUAAUAAGUUGUUUUGUCUUUCGUACUAAUAAGUUGUUUCGUCAUAUGUUAUCUACUUAGAACUUAAUAAGAGAUCACCAGUUUGGUUUUA